CCUUCUACAUGGACAAUAGACUCUAACACAGUAACUGAAAUAGGUUGUUUUCACUUCAAAACAUCAGCUGAUUUCAUGACAGGGGGGGGAGAAGAAGAAUGUUAUCUUAAUUACUGGAUACUGUCUUUUUAAAAGAAAAUAUUUGAAAGGGCAGAACAAAAUAGGCACCAUGUUUUCCAUCGGAUGCCUUUCUGUUCUGGUGGCUGUUCUCAUCCAGCCCGCCUUCUCUGCUGCUUACAACUGCUCUGAUAGCUAUAAGAGGGUCCCAGUCAACAGCGAUUUGAAGGUGUUCUGUGGCGCCACUACGAUCAACCUGGAGGUGAACCUGUGCACGGCUCUGUGGGCGGGUUUCGACCCGGCCGGUCUGGCUCUGAACGGGGAGAAAAACAAGAGCCAGUGCCAGGGCUCGAUUGACACUAGCGUGGACCCGCCCAUCAUGCGUUACCAGCUGCCUGUCAACGAUAGCCAGGAGAACCCCUGCCGCCAGUCACUGCAGAUUGUGGACGAAGUCCCUGAUUCGUCGGGUCCAUUCAGCUCUUUCUCCAGUGUCCAGUCGGUCAUCAUAACAGGUUACAUCAACACCCCUGGCUUGUCGGAAGGCGUCGUAAGCUACACCACUGACCUCUAUUACCAAUUUUCCUGCCACUACCCGCUGGAAUACUUUCUAAACAACACAAAGAUUGUGUCGUCAUCUGUUGCAGUGGCUAUGAGUGGGAACAAUGGGACAUUUAUCAACACCUUGAGUAUGAAUGUUUUUAAUGAUUCUGGUUACACCUACCCACUGGUUGUUCCACCAGCAGGACUGGGAUUACGUACCAAGAUCUAUGUGGAGAUCAAGGCCACCAACCUCACAGAGAAUUUGAAUCUGUUGCUUGACCACUGCUUUGCCACUCCAUCUCUGUACAACCUGACAGACAAUGAGGUGUUCAACUUAUUUACAGGAUGCACUGUUGAUCCACGGACGUCUGUCUUGAUGAAUGGGAUUUCCAAGAUAUCCAGAUUCUCCUUUGAAGCCUUCCGCUUCGUAUCCCACAAAAACCUGGACAAGUCUAGUAUCUACCUGCACUGCAUUCUCCGAAUGUGUGAGGCUAGCAAGUGUCAGGAGAUGCUUGGGGGUUGCCCAAACAAACGCAGAAAAAGAUCUCCAGGGCCUUUUGGAUCGGAGUCAGCAGAAUCCACCACAGUGUCAGUGGGACCUCUCUAUUCUGCUAGAGAAGAGAGAAGACCAGAUGCGUUGCCAUAUGGCAGUGGAGGCCUAGAGUCAGGAGGUGGCAGGGUUACCUACACAGGACUGCUGCUGGGGAUCCUCUUUGGCACGCCCUGCCAUCUGGUCCUAGGGAUCCACUGAGCUGGUGGUCAGCGCCUUGCUUUUGACUGGUGGGUGUCUUGGGCCAAUGACUUCCCGGCAACCUACUAGUUCGCCGUGGAGCCCUGAUUGGGUGUUUCAGAUUUCCAGUGAUAUUAAAAAUGUUUGUAGUCAAAAAUACACACUAGAAAACCUUGAUGGGGAUCUUUUAUGAAAAGAAUUAGACAUCCUGGUUUCUCAUUCUCCUUGUAUUUUAGAUGAAGUCUCUCCAACCCUGAUAUGCUAUAUCAAUUACCAGGUAUGAAGGACGUUUAAAUGCCUGACUUGUGUUGCAAUAUUGAAAAUUUGGCACUAACCACAAUAAUUUUCCUACAGUUUAUAUAUACGGUUCAUGUAUUGUAUUGUAUAAGAUGAGGCAGUAUCAUUAAAUUGUUAUAAUUUGUCUGGCACUUCUGACUUUUGCACUUAAAGUUGCACUGCUGGUGACUCCAUGGACACACAUGGCCAAAUGUCUAUACAAGCAAUUUGUGUACA